AUAGAUGCAUCGACAUUACAAUAUUCUAAUCAAAUCGUAUAUUACAUCGACACAUCCACAUUACAAUAUUCUGAUGAAGUCCUUUGCAUCGAACUUUAGAACUUAGUUAGUGCACUGUCAUAUUGAGUGUGUACUGUAAAAUCAAAACGUAGUAACGUGCCGAAGAAGCAUUUAGAUUCAGAGUAUGAUGCUACGAGGCUAUGAACUGGAGUCCAAUCGAUUUUAUAAGAUAAAAUAAAUAAUGAUUUAAAUGUACUUUUGCUAUGUUCUAAGUCAUCUACCAUUCAACCUUCUGCUUAUAAGUAAUUUUCAUCUAUUAAUUAACGCAGGCAUAAUUGGGUCAUAUUUUUUAUAUAUUAUAUUAAUAGACUAUCAUUAACUUUAUUGAUUCGCAUAAGAGCAAAUACGGGCUGACCACCAUCUUACCUAAUUUAUUUCAUGAUUGGCACUUGUGAAAAGUGAAAGCAAGGACAUAAGCAGACAUCCUCUUGUAGUCUUGUCUUGUUGGUCAAGGGGUUGCAGUAUCUCAGCUUCAUUUUCAGCGGAAAAGGAUGCAGAACCAUGAUGAGAUCCCGGUGGAACCGGAAGCUGAGUCCACAACCUUCAUCACAGAUUAUGAAGUUGAUGGUGAUUGGUCCAAUUACAAGGACAGUGAUGUUAUGCAACAACAGUCAGCAAUAUGGGAAGAGGAUGCAGCGAAGUUUCCGUAUGUUGGUGAUAAGGAAACCCUCUCGUCAUUAGAAGCUGAAUAUAAGUCGGGAAGCCCCAUUUUACUGGAGAAAAUUAAGGUGCUAAGCGAACAAUAUGGUGGCAUCAGGAGGACUCGUGGCGAUGGAAACUGUUUCUUUCGGAGUUUUAUGUUCUCUUACCUUGAACACAUUUUGGAAUCCCAAGACGAAGCAGAGGUUGAGCGCAUUAAAGUUAGUGUGGAAAAAUGCAGAAAGACACUUCAGGAUUUAGGUUAUGCUGACUUUACGUUUGAAGAUUUUUUCUCACUAUUUAUCGAGCAACUGGAAAGUGUACUUCAAGGGAAUGAAGCUUCCAUAAGUCAUGAUGAACUUGUAGUGAGAAGUCGUGAUCAGUCAGUAUCUGAUUAUGUGGUGAUGUUUUUCAGAUUUGUUACUUCGGGAGAAAUAAGGAAGCGCUCCGAAUUCUUUGAACCAUUCAUACUUGGGCUGUCUAAUACAACUGUAGAGCAGUUUUGUAAGACAUCAGUGGAGCCCAUGGGUGAAGAAAGUGACCAUGUACACAUUACAGCAUUGUCUGAUGCAUUGGGUGUCCCUAUUCGUGUUGUAUAUCUUGAUCGUAGCUCAUGUGACAAGGAAGGGGGUGCCAGUGUGAACCACCAUGAUUUCGUUCCAGCCACGGGUGAUGCUAGCACUAGCACUACUGAGAAUGGCUCUGAAACAACCCCGUUCAUUGUAUUGCUAUACCGACCUGGUCAUUAUGACAUAUUGUACAGAAAGUGAAGACGUCAUGUGUUUUGGUAUCAGUUGCUGUGAUCUAUUUCAGGCAAACCCAACACAAAUGGCAAAACGCGAAGGGAAUGGUUUCAAAAACUCUGAUUACAUUUCUCCAUUCUGUAUGCUUGGAUAUGAGGUCUUAAUUUUUAUGGAUUGUGCCAACGAUUAGCAAGUGUGUUGCCAUUUGGUCUGGUAUUAUUAAUCCAUGGCUUUUGGAUGCA